AUGAAAUACACUCUUGGUGCAGCUCUUAUCCUUCAGAGCUCGGUGGCUCUGGGCGAGCUCUUGCAUGUUCACCUCAAGGCUCCCACCACUGCUCACUUUCGGGACAUCGUUCGCAAUGACACCUACGACUUCGGCUGCAGACCUGUCGCUCACUCUACGGACGAUGGCCACUUCACACUCCAUGCUUUGUUGACGGAGGACCAGAUCUCGCAUCUGACGAAAGAGUACGAGUCAGUUGAUGAGAUCACCAUUCACCGCCAGAUGGUCAAGAGGGCGGCCACUGCACCCAUCGGCACUGGCGACCGCUUCAAGGCUGGUACAGUCUCUCCUGUUGGUCUCGGCACGCAGGCAAGUGGCACUACGAUCUCCAGCAUCAUGAACGUCGCCGAAGUAAACUCUGCAUUCAAUGCACUGGUUAAGAACUACGGUGUUGGCUCAGUCACACUUCCGUACAAGACUUUCAACGGUGCUACUUCUUACGCUGGAUUCGUCGGCGCCGGAACAGACAAGUCAGCAUAUCGCCUCUACUUCAGCGCUGGUGUGCAUGCUCGCGAACGGGGUGGACCUGACCAGCUCCUCUACUGGAUUUCUGACUUGCUCGCCGCCGACAAAGCGGGUACUGGGCUUACAUAUGGCAAGAAGACCUACACCAACACCCAAGUCAAGAGCAUUCUUGCGGCCGGUAUCGUCUUCUUCCCUCUCGUCAACCCAGAUGGUGUCACAUACGACCAGUCCAGUGGCUCUCUAUGGCGCAAGAACAGGAAUACUAAGUCCGGUUCGAGCGGGUCUUCCAUCGGCGUGGAUAUCAACCGCAACUUCGAUUUCCUGUGGAACUUCCGCAAGUACUUUGAUGCUAGUGAGUCACCUGCUUCCACGUCACCAAGCUCGGAGACUUUCUACGGCACUGCUGCUGCAUCUGAGGCGGAGACAAAGAACCAUGUCUCAAUCUACGACACUUUCUCCAAGGUCCGCUGGUUCAUGGACAUCCACUCCGCCGCCGGCGACAUCCUCUACUCCUGGGGCGACGACGACGACCAAACCACCACCCCCACCCAGAACUUCCUCAACAGCGCCUUUGACGGCAAACGUGGUGUGACCGGCGACACCGUCUACAAAGAGUACAUCCCCGCCGCCGAUUUCACCAACAUCAAGAACGUCGCCGCCAAGACGGUUGCAGCCAUGAAGGCCGUCGGUGGCCGCUCGUACACUGCUGGUCAGUCGGUGGGUCUGUAUCCUACCUCUGGUGCCAGUGAUGAUUAUGCGUUUAGUAGGUUCUGGGCAAAGCCUGGCGCGAAUAAGGUUUAUGGGUAUACGAUGGAGUUUGGGUAUAGUACGAACUUUUACCCGACGUUGAGUGAGUUCAAUCAGAAUAUUCUGGACACGAAUGCUGGGUUCAUGGAAUGGGCGUUGGCGGCGAUUGCUGUUGGAUUGGACUAGAGAAUGAGUUGAGGCGUUGGGAAGAUCAUAA